UGUCUCAACCAGAAAACGAAUGUCUUAUUCCUCAUGUUCAACAAACAAAGAAAAGAACUCAUGUACAUGAACAAAUGGUUAAACAAAGAAUGAGUUGAGAUAGAUCUGAAAGAAUGGGAGAAGAAUAUGUAGUCAAAAAACAGGAACUGUCAGCAGAAGACAAUAAUCCAAUCCAAUCUGGAGGAAAUAGAUGGUUUAUAAUGGUGAGUCUUGGGCUGAUUUUUGUUCUUCUGUUGGUCUUCACCAUAAUGCAGCACAUCAACAUGACAGCAGAGAAAAACCUGAUAAAUAGUUACAAGAACGCAGUGGAAGAGUUCACUCAUACUAUCAACAGCUUACAGGACAGUUACAAUGAACUACUGACUAAAAAAGACGAACUGCAGGACAACUUUAGCUCUUGGAGUCAGAAAAAUAUGGAGCUGGAGACAACGAUUAAAGAUCUCACUACUGGGAAAGACCAGUUACAAAACAGCUUCAGCUCUUUGAGUCAGAAGAAACUGGAGCUGGAGAGCAAAGUCAAAGAUCUCACUGAUGGGAAAGAUGAGUUGCUCACACAUUUUGACACUUUGGAUCAGAAGAAACUGAAGUUAGAAAGCAAAGUCACAUUUUUGAUGGAUGAACUAAAGAAAGCUUAUGAACAAGAUCUGAGGCUUUUGCUGCUGGGGAAAACUGGAUCAGGAAAGAGUGCAACUGGAAACACAAUCUUGGGUGAAAGUAUAUUUAGUGAAAAUGUUGUUACCUCAGUCUGUAUGAGUAAAGAAGAAGCUGUGGGCCAAAGAAGCAUCACAGCAGUCGACACUCCAGGACUGUUUAAUCCAGCAGUCAGUGAAGAGGAUCUGAUGAACGAGAUAAGGAAUUGUACUCUUAUGUCUGCUCCUGGUCCUCAUGUGAUUCUGCUGGUCAUCAGGCUGGAUAUGGAAAUCACAGAAGAAGAGAGAAACAUUGUGAUGUGGAUUCAGAACAACUUUGGGGAAGAUGCUGUGAAUUACAGCUUCAUCCUCUUCACUCACGCUGAUCAUCUGAACGGUGAAUCUGUGGAAGAUCACAUCAGACAAAGUCCUGAUCUCCAGCUCCUGAUCAAUCAGUGUGAUGGCAGAUAUCACUCAUUUAACAAUAUAAACAGACAAAACACAGAUCAGGUUACUGAGCUGAUAGAGAAGAUGGAGCGAAUGCUACAAAACAACAGAGGGCACUAUUACAGCACAGAGCACUUCAAAAUGCCGCAAAAA